AUGGAAAAUGGCGAUUUUUUUAAUUCGGAAAAUGAAAGCCUUUCAGAUUUCGAUGGUUUUACCAACGAUGAUCUACCCAAUGAAACGUUUGAUUUAGAUGGAAGAGAUUAUAGUUCUGAUGUGGAUCUGAGCAGCGAUAGCGAUGAUUUACCCCUUUCACGGCUUCGAAAUGGACACAAUGGGUUGAAUGGCAAUGAAGAAAUCGAACCGGAAAUCCCAAAUCGAACUACAUCGUGGAGUCCAGUCCUGACCGAUAUACAGGUAGAUGCGUUUGUGCAACCUGUCGGUGCUGUAAACAUUCUUGGAAAUGAUGCAAAGGAAAUAGAUUUUUUUGAACAAAUAUUCCCCGACGAGUGGUAUGUGAAAAUCGCCCAAGAGACUAACAGGUAUGCACAAUCAAGAAUCGAACAAAAUGGCGACGACCCAAAAUGGUGUGCAACAAAUGCGGAUGACAUUCGGGCAUUCAUUGGAUUCAAUAUUCUUAUGGGAAUUGUGAUUGCACCCAAUCAAGACAUGUAUUUUUCGAUGGAUGCAUUUUUUCAACCAACAGGUAUGUCUGAUCAUAUUACACGUGACCGCUUUGACAAGCUUUGUCAGUAUUUUCACGUUUGUGAUAUUUCUACAAAUCCGAACCGCGGACAACCAGGACAUGAUAAACUGGCUCAUGUUCGUCCUUUUUUAGAAGCUAUUCAUGUGCAGUGUAAAACACAGUAUUCGCCCCACUGUGAGACGUCAAUAGACGAAGCAAUGGUGGCCUAUACUGGUCGUUUGUCAAUCAAGCAGUACCUACCCCUCAAACCAACAAAACGUGGCAUAAAGAUAUGGGCAAGGGCAGAUCCGCACAAUGGUUUUCUGAACGACUUUCAGGUGUAUACAGGCAAAGCCAACAAUGUUGUUGAAACUGGCCUUGGUGAACGGGUUGUAAAAGAUUUGACAAGAGACAUAUGGGGGAAAAAUCACUGUGUAUUGUGA